AUGACUACAGGUCCAGGAUCACCUUCUGCUCAUGCCUGUCCCGGGGAGCGCUCUCGCGAGCCAGGCCGUGAGAUGAAGCUUUUGCACUACAUCUAUAGCCAACCAAAUCUCGAUGACAUCCGAGGACAUCCCCAGAAGGUGCUAGAUCUAAUGGAUAAGUUUGAGGAAACCUACCACAUGAUGACCGUCGGAGGACCGAAAGGUAGAAUUGUCAAGGACUUAAUCACCGAGUCCAAACCGAAGACUAUGAUCGAGCUUGGCUGCUACGUCGGCUAUUCCGCCAUUCUGUUCGGAGACGCCGUUCGCCAGAAUGGAGGCGAGCGUUAUCUGAGUCUUGAACUGAACCCCGAAUGGGCUGCUAUCGCCAAUAUGCUCAUCGAGCUGGCUGGACUCCGUGAUUUCGUGCGGGUCAUUGUUGGCCGCAGUGAUGUCUCGCUUGACAAGUUGUUUAAGAGUGGUCAAGUCAAGAAGAUCGAGCUCAUGUUCAUCGACCACUACAAGCCUGCGUACACCACCGACGUCAAAUUAUGUGAGCAGCUCGGAAUGAUUCAGCCUGGCACGAUCCUGGCUGCUGACAAUGUCCUGUAUCCGGGCAACCCGCCCUACCUGGAGUAUAUCCGAAGCACUGUCGAGCAGAAGCGGGAAGCGGCUAAGUCUGGCCCUGUGCAGGAAUACAACGUUAUGGGAAUGAAAGAGCAUACCGUUGACUCCUUCAUGCCCGAAAAUGACGUGCCCGCUUUUGAAAUAGUUGGAAACCCCAACCUCGUGUACAAGAGCGCGCUGUGCCAGCCCGAAGGAGUAAGGGAUGCCGUUGAAGUGUCGCGAUGUGUAGGAUUUCAGGAAGUAUAG